AUGUAUGAUAUGGGAGGUCAUCUUCCAAGUGAGCAUCUUUGUCAAAGCCACAAUGCAGUCAAUCAAUAUAUGUACCCUGGCUGUAGAACUCAGGCUCUCCUAUUCCAGUCUUAUUCGUUGCAACAGCGUCAAUCUCAUCGACUCUUUCGAGACCCAAGAAAACCCCAAUUUCUUGACACAAACGGAGCUUCCUUUCCUAGGAAUGCAAGAUACUAUGAUACACGAUCAAAUCGUUAUAUUGGCUUCAAGGCCUCUGACGGUCCCUUUCGUCCUGGGAACCGCAUUCACUGGGCUGAAGAUGGAGUGCAGUUGUAUUUUAGUACCCCGCAACCCGGUAAACGUAAUCUCCACUUGCUCGUUAUACUUUCCGUAGCACUCGAGGUUCUACAAACCGGCUUAUGUCAAGUGACGCUUUCCUCUAAGUUGGCACUGGUUUGUGAAGCAACCGGAUGGCUCAGAAAUAUCCAGAACCAUAGCUUGGCCAUUUGCUUUGCUGCCAUUGGUUUCAGGUCUCACGGCGCUUCUUGUGCAAACAUUCUUUGCAACCCGCAUCAUGAGGCACAAUACUUCGUACCGAAAUCUACUGUGUAUCUUGGCGAUCUUUGGGACAGUUUUCCAGCUGAUGUGGGCAACAACCAAUGCAAUCCCAUGCUUCAUUGGCAUCCUCGACGUAUUACUGAUAAUUGGGCGAACCUGGUCUGUCUUAACUCGGAAAAACUAUUCGAACAUAGCGAUGAUCACAAGAAAAAUCAAAACAACAAACCUAUCGAGAGCAAGGAGACAGCCAUCGACCCGCACUCCAAUGCGCAUACUCGCUCCGGCGUGCACGUCCUUACAACCGCCACAUUUAAUGAACGUUUCCCAUUGGUAUCACUCGUUUUACCGGCUUCUAGCUCGACAGAUACCAGCUCAGGAGUCACGUGUAAGGGCGAUGGAGAAGCCAGCUCCGAAACGUUACGCAAAGAUACCUCAAUGAUGAUGAGGCCAGACAUUUCGAAUCGCUAUACAGCCACAAUUACCGGGGGUAUACACAACUGA